ACGUCAUCCACAAGCGACUUGGAUGGAUGGAGUCUUGCGAAACGGGAGGAGGCGUUUGACAUUCAGGACUUGCCUGGAGCUUUCACAUCUACUGUAUGUCAUGCAACGAAUUGUUAAACAUCGUCUUUUAGUCCAAGAGUGCACAAUAUCAUUUCUUGCACCGUCGACAUCACGCCAGUUAUGCUUAAAUAACACAGCUGCUGUGGUGGUCUCCAGUAUACGACCAUAUAGCGUGGUACCACCGUCUAGCGACCCCGAGGAAAAGGCCAUGCUGCACCGCAUGCUGAGAGUUGACCAUGCUGGGGAAUACGGAGCCAAUCGCAUUUAUGCCGGUCAGAUGGCCGUGCUCGGCAGAACGCAGACCAGACCGGUGAUCCAGGAAAUGUGGGACCAAGAAAAGAAGCAUUUGACAAAGUUUAAUGAAAUCCUUGCUGAAAACAGAGUGCGCCCCACAGCCCUUCUCCCUCUGUGGAACAUUGCCGGCUAUGCACUGGGUGCCACGACUGCUCUGCUUGGUAAGGAGGGGGCUAUGGCCUGCACGGUAGCCGUAGAGGAAAGCAUCUCUGAGCACUACAACAGCCAGAUCAGAGCUCUGAUGGAGGCCGACCCAGACAGAUACACUGAGCUCCUACAGAUGAUAAAGGAAUUCCGUGAUGAUGAAAUGGAACAUAAUGACACUGGACUGGAGAAUGAUGCUGAAUCUGUCCCUGGCUACUGGCUUUUGAAGAAUGUGAUACAGGCUGGAUGCAAAGCAGCGAUUUACGUCUCUGAGCGCGUCUAGAUCUCAGAGUUGUCUUUGAAAAGGAAUAACCAAAAGACUAUUUUUUUUCAUUCUGUAAAUAUGGUUUUGGAUUGCUCCUAAAGAAGUUGUUUCUAUUGAAGUUUGUUUGCCAUUAUGUGUGGGAUACAUUAAAUGACCUAAAUUAUCUAUGAUAAAGUGUGCUAAAUAUU